AUGUUCAGGACUUACAACGGUAGCCUAACUCCAGCCUGCAUUAGGCACUACUACCGCAUGUUCAUCAGCCGGAUAGUUCCACCAAGAAAUUACUACUACUACCACGAGACAUUGUCUCCUGACCAGCUUGACAAUAGUGACACUGCAAAUGCCAAUGAACCAGUAGAUGUCCAAUUCAGAAUAGUGGGAGGAAACCAGGUGUCUAUCAAAGAAGUUCCCUAUCAGGUGUUGUACGGUUUAUAUUGCGGAGGUACUAUUAUAGCUCCUGAAUGGGUUAUAACUGCAGCACAUUGUAAGAAUAAAGAACAGUACGUCUUAGCAGGCUCCACUCAAAGAAGUCAGACCACUAAGUAUCAAAUUUGUGCACACUUCAUUCACCCGUUGUGGAACACGACGAAGCUUCAUAGUCACGACUUUGAUUACCAACUGAUACUGUUAGAAACCCCCAUACCAGUGACACCUAACUCUAGGCCCAUUGCUAUUGGGAAUCUUCAGGAUAUACAUGAAGGGGCCGUGGUGGCUGUAAGCGGAUGGGGUCACACAAAAUAUAAGCAACGAGGUAUGGAAGACAUUGUUCGUCGAGUUAAGAUCCCCAUCAUGUCUCAUGACCAAUGCAGGUCAAUGCCUUUAGAAAAUUACAAGACUGUCACAGAUAGGAUGUUCUGUGCCGGUCUAAUUAACGGGACCAAAGACUCUUGUCAGGGAGAUUCCGGAGGUCCAGCAGUAUCCAACGGCAAAUUAGUCGGUCUGGUGUCAUUUGGAGUGGAAUGUGCAAUGAAGGAACAACCCGGGGUAUACAGCAACAUUCCUCUGGUGAGAGGCUGGAUCCGAGCUGUCACCGGGCUUCCUCUUUGA